ACUGAAGUUUUUAAACGUGCAACGUCUCUCAACAAUACUACAGCUCCCAGAAUUCACCAUCGUCUUAACGUUGAAACAACUGAAGAAUGAAAGCGAAUGGAUGGAAACAUUGCCUCUGUUGCUAAUGCUUUCUGAAAAUAACCAUAUUGUAACAGAAGACAGUUAAGCGUAAAUUUGCAGUCGUUUCUAGGACGGGACACUUUCAGUUAGAUAUAACAGCACAGGAAUGUCAGAACUGAAACCUUGUAAAGUCUGUAACUACACCCGUCAAAAGUCUUAUGGUUUAGUGGUUUCUUCUUUGGAUCAACUAAAAGUUAAAGGAGGCGAGACUUUGGGCUUCACCCCUGACCUCCCUGUCUCGGUGGUUCUAGAGGAUGAUGGGACCAUCGUGGAAGACGAGGCCUAUUUCCUGUGCUUGCCUUCAAACACCAAGUUCAUGCUGCUGAAUGAGAAAGAGAGGUGGGCGCCCUCAACUAAAAUCGAUGGUGGCACGGCCUGGCUGACCAGGGAGUCUCGGGUCCUGGACAGCGAUACGGUGGACAGCGCUCUGAGCGGCACAGAGGCCUGGCGUGACCUGGCCAGCAAACUGAAGCAGGACCUGGCCAGCAUCAUACUGUUUUCCGAGGCCGAUCUCGAGAGCCUGGUGAACGUGUCAUGUGAUGACCUGGCUGCAGAGCUCGGGUUCGGGGUCAGCAAGGCAGGUGACCUGCAGGCCACCCUGCAGAGGGUUCUGGACCGCAGGGAGGAGGAGAGGCAGUCCAAGGAGCUGCUCCAGCUCUACCUGAAGGCCGUGGAGAAGGAGAAGGAGGAGCAAGUUCCCUGCCAGGAGGGACAGGAAGCGGCUGACGAGCCUGAUGGGAUGGAGGUGGACUCUUCCUCAGGCUUCAGUCCGAGAACCCUUAUGGUCCUGAAGGGUAAAACCAGUCCUGAAACCCGCCUCUCCAAUGCCGAGCUCCAGAUGGUGGUGAAGGAGGGCGCCAGCGCCAUGGCGACGGUGCUGGGUUGGGACGCCGAGCGGACGUCUGCGUUGCUGCGGGCGUGUGAGGAGGAGCUGAACAAGCGUCUGGAGCAGGUGCAGGCCAUGCAGUCCCUCAGCGUCCACUCCCAGAACACCAGCUCCAGCCCCGAGGGGGACGAGACGCAAGCCAAGCGCAAGAAAUAGACUCCUCCGCACCCCCCCUUCCCCCCCCCACCCCAACGCUGUACCAAACUCAUUUAUAACAGCCGCCCAGCAGACCAGUCAUUCCCGGUACAGGUGUUAUAGCACACGAGCAAAGUAUUAUUCCUGAGGCUUUGAUUUCUUUCAUUCUUUGUCUUUGUGUGUCUGACGCCACAUUUAUUCUGGGCUUCAGAGUACAUUAAGUACAUCAAACUAACCACAUAAUUCAGAGUCUGGUUUUUUUUUUUAAGCCAGCAAUUUAUAAAUGCACAAAAAAAGAUUUAUUAAAUUGUAAAAUACAAAAGGUACAAGCAAAAUAAAAAGGGACCAGAUGUUUUGGCUGUCCACCUAUUCUUAGUGUUCGAAGAACAAUACAAUAUCACUGUAGGACUGGAUUAUUGAUUUGUCUCUAUAAAAGGCUUGAAGCACUGACAGCUAUGCAGUCAAGUCUGGAAGCUUCACGAAACAGCGCCUUAGAUCUGUAUUCACCGUUUAGAUUUCCCAACAUUUUCUCUCCACAAGUGGAGAUCCGUGUAGACUCUGGGAGAGAAAGGCCCAUGAGGUCUGUGCUUCAAGAAAUGUGAAAGAGGCACACAGGGGUCAUUCUGUGCCUGUCAGUCUAGCCGUUCAUACGCCUGGCCUGGACUCCUACUAAUUUAGAUAUGAGGGGGAAAGACUGGCGUCCACUGACAGUUCCAUUACAAUCCGCCCCCACCGGGGAUUCCUGGGAACACCGCAGCACCGUCUGAAAGGUUAACCUCUUUUAAAGAUCACUCAUGUCAUAGUUUGUAUUGAAAGUGAAAGAACUAUUAAUUUGACAGGUAGGAGCGGCUAUCUGCCAAAAGCAAAAAAAAAAACAGGAAGUGGUAUGCCAAAUACCUCAUGGUAUAUUCAGUGCCUGUUGACCUCACUUUAACAGACAAUAAAUUGCUGGAUUUUGUUAUUAAAAAGUGUCCACUGGGAUAGACCGAUGUUUGCCAGGUGUGAGUGAGGUAAUUAAAUGAUCUUUAAUGGUGAAAUUUCUGUCAGAUGUGAAAGUUUGCAUCUGUGUUUUUCAGUGACUCAUGAAAACACCCACUAAAUUAUUGAUUUUAUUUCUUUGCUCUACUCGCCCCUCUCACUCA